UUUCUAAUUCCGCGCACUUUAACGUCACCGCGCAUGCUCGGUCAGUGUGCUCUACGCCCGUAGACCGCCGGUAUGACAGUUUUCCUAACCCCGAAACUGUCAUUUUUCAGUAGGUGAUAACUUUCUUCCUAGUUGAGAACGACGAUUUUCCUUCUCGCAAUCGUAUUUUCUCAUCAAAAUAAACGAUAUUGCAAAGUUAGAAGGAAAUCGGUGAGGAAGCCCGUCUCCUUAAGUAUUACCGCAUUACCUUCGUGGUGAUCCCGUGAACUAAUCUUGCGCAUGAUGUCGCGUUUGUAAAUUGAAGAUGUGUCGGAGGUUGACGCGUUCAUCAGUAACUACACCCUGGUCGACCCGGAGAUCUACCAGCUUUGGGUCGACGGGCGUUCCUGCGAGUUUAUUAGGCAAAGGCAAUGCUUGUUCUUUUCGUCACGUAUUCUUAUGUGGACCCAUUGAUUUUAAAAUGAUGGGUAUUUCUUUAGCUAGCGAUGCGGUCAACAUUCUGCAUCAGCGGGGGAUCUGUCAGCAGACGAACGCACCGCUCGAGCUAGUCGCAUCCGACAUACACGAUCACUAUCGCACCUAUGCUCUGUUGGAGAAGCUGCUGCAUACUCCUACUGAGCUAGCUAGCGAACAAUUGGCCUUUCGGAUAGAACCACAAACUAGUCAGAUGCUUAUAGAAAUGUAUCACCUAGGAGUUUGACGAUGUCGUUGUACGCGAAUUGCUAGGGAAGAAGAUAACGUCCAAGAGCAGGAAGGACAUGGACGAAGUGGCGGAGAAGAUGGGAUCACCUUGAAGAGUUGUCGAAGACAGUACGAU